AUGGGGGAGAAGCCUUAUAAAUGUAGAGAAUGUGGCAAAGCUUUUAAAGAGUCCUCAUCCCUUACUGUCCAUCAUAAAAUUCAUACUGAAGAGAAGCCUCAUAAAUGCAAAGAAUGUGACAAAGCCUUUAGGAGUUCUUCACACCUUAAUCGCCAUCACAGAAUUCAUACUGGAGAGAAACCUUACCAAUGUGGUAAAUGUGGCAGAACUUUUCAGUGCUCCUCAUUCAUUAAUCAGCUUCCGGUCAUUCACACCGAGGAGAAACCGUACAAAUGUAAAGAAUGUCGCAAAGCGUUUAGCCAGUCUUCUAACCUUAAAAUCCAUCAGAAAAUUCAUACUGGAGAGAAGCCUCAUAAAUGCAAAGAAUGUGGCAAAGCAUUUGGGAGGUCUUCACACCUUCAGAGCCAUCAGAAAAUUCAUACUGGAGAGAAGCCUUAUAAAUGCAAAGAAUGUGGCAAAGCCUUUGUGAGGUCUUCAGUCCUUAAAAGCCAUCAGAAAAUUCAUACUGGAGAAAAGCCUCAUAAAUGCAAAGUAUGUGGCAAAGCCUUUAGGAGUUCCUCACACCUUAAACGCCAUCAGAGAAUUCAUACUGGAGAGAAACCUUACCAAUGUGGCAAAGAUGCUAGGUGCUGCUCAGAUAUUAAUCAGCAUCAGAUCAUUCACACGGAGGACAAACCGUACAAAUGUAAAGAAUGUGGCAAAGCCUUCAGCCAGUCCUCAAACCUUACUGCACAUCAGAGAAUUCAUACCGGAGAGAAGCCUUAUAAAUGCAAUGAAUGUGACAAAGCCUUUGGGAGCUCUUCAAACCUUAAAAGCCAUCAGAGAAUUCAUACUGGAGAAAAGCCUUAUAAAUGCAAACAAUGUGGCAAAGCCUUUAGGAGUUCCUCACACCUUUAUCGCUAUCACAGAAUUCAUACUGGAGAAAGACUUUAUCAAUGUGGUAAAUGUGCCAAAGCUUUUAGGUGCUGCUCAGAUGUUAAUUCCUCAAACCUUAGCGAACAUCGUAGUGUUCAUUCUAGAGAGAAGCCAUAUCAUUGUAUUGAAUGUGGGAAAGCCUUUAGGCAAUCCUCACACCUUUCUGCACAUCAGAGAAUUCAUCAUGGAGAUAGUCCUUCUGAAUGUCGCGAUGGUAUACUGCCGCCAGUACUCCUUCAGCAAGAAGUGCUCCUCAAGGUUCAUGCCUUCGACGAGGUGCUGCAGGGUGUAUCGCGUAUACAGGGCCUUGGAUGCACGAAUAACACCUUGAUCCAUGGGCUAGAUCAGCAAAGUGAUUUUAGGAGGAAGGAACUUGAUCCGCAGACCGUUGUAGGAUAG